UGGCUCUUUAAUUGCCCAGACCGAGAAACCCAGUCACCGAACAGGAAGUUUCUCAGCAACUUUUUUUUAUAUUUGAAACGUAAUUGAAGGGAGCAAGCUCUAAAGUAGACGUGAAGGGUAGGAUUUAGUAGGAAAAGCAAAAUGUAUUCUUCAAUGGACUUCUAAAUGAAGGCGCGUUCAAUGCCUGGGCAGCAACGACCACUUUUUUUACAUUUAUUCAGGAGCUUCACUUCAGGAAGAUAAACAGCCGUUUUCAUGUCGGCAGUAGCCGCUCGCUGCGAUAGUAUCAGUCUUUUUACUAAUACAGAUUUAAUUAGGAAAUGCAUCGAUUUCGUAUACCGCUAUUCGCUAUGUAAAACUGAAUAUGCUUAACUUUACUAUUAAUUUGCUGGUAAAUUCCGACGAUGGAAACCUAGAGCGUUUUCCGGGCUUUUGCUGGCUAAACCUCCGUAGGCUUUGGACGCAACUCACUAUAAGAGCUUCAGAAUUGCCAAUGCUGGAAAACGGGAGACAAUCCUUCCAUUUGAGUGAUCGCUGGGAGUGUGGGAUUUAUACAUCGCGAAAGCCCCGGUACUAUACUUAAGAUAAAUGUAUCAAGUUAUAUCCAACCUAUGAAGAAAGCAUUGCCUCCAAUAGUUCUCAUUUUUAUUUUCAGUCGACGCAUGUUUAGUUUCGACAGAAAUUAUUACAUUUAUUGCAAUAGGCAACCGAUCUGCUCGUCGUUCUUUUAAUUUGAUGGAUUUCAUUUAGGGGACACGAGCCAGCUUGCUUGGGGUUAGCUGACUACGGUGCAUCUUAUGUGAAAGCUCAUUUUAAUGCCUCGGCGUUUGCACCGUAUUUACAUAGCUUGUUAGCUGGCCGGCUGCAUUAUUUCCGUGGGAAAAGGGAGUAGUAGGUCCUUGACGGCGAACUUUCAGGAACUCUGCUGGAACAGCGAAAAAAAGUUUGCCAUUUUCUUUUUGGAUUCUCCGGACGCCGAUCCAGCCUUCGGCGGCUCCGGCUCCUUGCUUGAGCUGUACGGGAGGUGGGUGCGGGCUUCUCCCGGGUCCGGCCGCAAUGCUCCCGGGCGGCGCGCUCCCGUUGUGGUACCAGCGGGAUCUGAGUCGCGCGGCGGCGGAGGAGCUGCUGGCUCGCGCCGCACGAGACGGGAGUUUCCUCGUGCGGGACAGCGAGAGUGUAACCGGCGCCUACGCGCUCUGUGUCUUGUUUCAGAAGCAUGUUCACACCUACAGGAUUCUACCAGAUGAUGAAGGGUUCCUGGCAGUUCAGACUUCCCAGGGAGUUCAGCCGAAGAAGUUCAAGACCCUCCCAGAGCUCAUCCAGCUGUACCUGCAGCCAAACCAGGGCCUGGUGACAACAUUGCUGUUUCCCGUGGAACGGGAGGAGACUCCUGAUGACAAGGAUUACUCCGAUGGGGAGGAUGACAAGCCUCCACUGCCCCCCCGGACCGCCUCCACCAGCAGCCCAGGCUCCUCCAGCACUGCAGUUGUUCCGUGUGGACAAGAGUCCCUAUCAGACAGCUCUGCCGCCAAUGGGCUGAGCACCAUCUCCCAUGAGUACCUGAAAGGCAGCUAUGCAUUGGAUCUUGAGGCUGUUAAGCAGGGAGCCAGCAGUUUGCCCCACCUCAACAAAACCCUGGUGUCAUCCUGCAAGCGGCUACAUGGGGAAGUGGAUAAGGUCCUGGCCGGCCUGGAGAUUUUAUCCAAAGUAUUUGAUCAGCAAAGUGCUUUCAUGGUGUCCCGGAUGAUUCAGCAAUCAGGGAGUCAGGGUGGAGAUCAGGAGCUGGAUCAUUUGGUCACCAAGCUCUCCAUUUUGAAGGACCUUCUAUCUUCCAUUGAGAAGAAGGCUCUGAAAGCACUCCAGGAUAUGAGCAUCUCCACUCCCUCCAUCCCUCCCCUGCUGUCCGUAAGACACAGCAAGGCUAUUCCGGUGCAGGCCUUUGAGGUGAAGUUGGACGUGUACCUGGCAGACUUGACGAAGAUUGGGAAGUCUCAGAAGUACACGUUAAGUGUGGAUGUGGAGGCAGGCAAAAUGGUGGUUAUGAAGAAGAUGAAGGACAAUCAGGAGGACUGGAACACCUUCACACACGAUAAAAUUCGGCAGCUUAUCAAAUCUCAGCGUGUGCCUAACAAGCUGGGAGUCGUCUUUGAGAAGGAGAAGGACAAGGUUCAGAGGAAGGACUUCAUCUUUGCCAGUGCAAAGAAAAGGGAAGCCUUCUGCCAACUAUUACAACUUAUGAAGAACAAACAUUCCAAGCAGGAUGAGCCUGAUAUGAUCUCAGUCUUCAUUGGGACUUGGAACAUGGGGAGCGUCCCACCCCCUAAAGGCAUGACCUCCUGGAUGCUGUCUCGUGGCCUGGGGAAGACACUGGAUGAGAUGACUGUCACCAUCCCACAUGACAUUUAUGUCAUUGGGGCACAGGAGAACUCUGUUUGUGACAAGGAGUGGGUGGAGACCCUGAGAGCCACCCUGAAGGACUGCACCGAGCUGGAUUUUAAGCUGAUUGCCAUGCAGACGUUGUGGAACAUCAAAAUAGCCGUGCUGGUGAAACCGGACCAUGAGAACCGCAUCAGCCAUGUGGGUGUAUCCAGCGUCAAGACCGGUAUCGCUAACACUCUGGGCAACAAAGGUGCCGUCGGCGUCUCCUUCAUGUUCAACGGCACAUCUUUUGGGUUUGUCAACUGUCACCUGACUUCUGGCAAUGAGAAGAUUGGCAGGAGGAAUCAGAAUUUCCUGGACAUCCUGCGGCUGCUUUCAUUGGGGGACAAACAGCUGAACUCUUUUGACAUCUCUCUGCGAUUUACCCACCUCUUCUGGUUUGGUGACCUCAACUACAGACUGGACAUGGACAUCCAGGAAAUCUUGAACUACAUAAACAGGAAGGAAUUUGAGCCCCUGCUAAAGGUGGACCAACUGAACCUGGAGAGGGAGAAGAACAAGGUCUUCCUCCGUUUUGCUGAAGAGGAGAUCAACUUCCCCCCAACAUACCGCUAUGAGAGAGGUUCGCGGGACACCUACGUGUGGCAGAAGCAGAAGCCUACUGGGAUGCGCACUAAUGUCCCAUCCUGGUGUGACCGGAUUCUUUGGAAGUCCUACCCUGAAACCCACAUUGUGUGUAAUUCUUAUGGGUGCACUGAUGACAUUGUCACUAGCGACCAUUCGCCAGUGUUUGCCGCAUUUGAGGUUGGAGUGACUUCACAGUUCGUCUCCAAGAAAGGGCUGCCGAAGUCGUCAGAGCAAGCUUACAUUGAGUUCGAGAGUAUUGAGGCCAUUGUGAAAACGGCGAGCAGGACCAAGUUUUUCAUUGAAUUCUACUCUACUUGUCUAGAGGAGUUCAAGAAAAGUUACGAGAAUGACAGCCAGCACAGCGACAAUGUGAACUUCCUACGUUUGGGCUGGUCCUCCAAACAGCUGACCACACUCAAGCCCAUUCUGUCUGACAUUGAAUACCUGCAGGACCAGCACCUGCUUCUCACUGUCAAGUCGCUUGACGGAUUUGAGUCCUAUGGCGAGUGUGUCCUGGCCCUGAAAUCUAUGAUUGGAAGCACGGCCCAGCAGUUUCACACAUACCUGUCACACCGAGGCGAGGAAACUGGCAACAUUCGGGGCUCCAUGAGGGUGCGCGUACCGUCGGAGAGAACGGGCACCCGUGAGCGCCUCUAUGAAUGGAUAAGUGUAGACAAUGAUGAGACCAAUUGUCCAAAAGGCAAGUCCACAUUGUCCACAAGAACUGGACAUGACUAUGUCAAGCCCACGUUGGCCCGCAGGCGCCCAGUAGGUGAACUGGGGAAGGUGAGUGAGGAGGGGGACAGGAACCCCCCCCAUGCAGCCCCGGGACAUUCUGCUUUACCAAAAGAGGACGGGAUUCAGGCCAGAACGAAGUCAGACCCCCCAGAAAACGACGCCUCCAGCUGCAAGAACAGCUACAACAACCCAGCCUACUAUAUCCUGGAGGGUGUCCCAAACCAGUCCGCUGCUCUGUCCGCUGACCUCUUGCCCAGCUCCAGCCUCGCGCCCCUCAGCAUCAAGGGAGGUGCGCCACCUGGAGGCAAGAACAAGGCCCAUGCCGCAGGGGUACCUCAGCGCCGGCAGACAGGUGGCCGCCCUGCCCGCCCAGUCAGUGAAGAGAUGUCCUCUGAGGAUGAUGUAAACCUAGGGGCGCCCAGUGGCACACUCAACCGCCCCCCACCAGACUUCCCACCACCUCCCCUGCCCAAAGGGGCCAUUGAAAUGACUGAGAAGCCGUUCUAUGGCAUAGGCAAGGAAGGUGCCAAGGGCAGGAACAUCUAUCCCGACCUGGCAGACAUGAAGAUCUCAGCCAAGCCUGGGCCAUCUCCAGCUUUCCCAUCCCAAGCUUCUGGUGCAAGCAGUGGGGCCUUUUGCCUGGAACCCUCGCCUAUCCUCAGCUCUACCGGCGCCCAUGGCAGGAGGGGGCCUGGCGGCAGCUCAGGCGUGGACGACCAGUCGUGCUCAGUGCUGCAGAUGGCCAAGACGCUAAGUGAGGUGGAGUACCCACCCGGGCGUGACAGGACCCCUGGCAUCCCACACAGGGGUGUUGGUAGCCCCUCUCUGCGACCCAUAGGGCUCCCUGAGUCAUGCCGUACCUUCCCUCCCCGCUCCGUCCAUGAGAGUAUCGCGGAGGACCUGCCAGAAGAGGGGAUGUGGCAGGGUGGCAGUAGCAGCUCCAGCCUCUCCGUGGAGACCAGUGUUGGUGAGUGGCUUCAGCGUCUGGGUCUGGAGCGCUACGAGGAGGGACUGCUGCACAAUGGCUGGGAUGACCUGGAGUUUCUCAGUGACAUCACCGAGGAGGACUUGGAAGAGGCAGGUGUUCUUGACCCCAUGCACAAGAAGAUCCUGCUGGAGAGCUUGAAGCAGCAGCAGCAGAAGUGAGACAAGCCAAGCUGAGUCGAGCCAGCCCACUCCGUGCCUUCUCAAAGGAAUUGCACUGUACUUUCCCUGUUUUCAGUUACUAAGUGUUUUUUAAGCCCCUUUAAAUUUAUUUUUUAAUAUUUGAUAUUAUUUAAAAGGUAAUUUCUAUAUAACAGCACUCCACCACUACAAGCAGUCCCUGGGUGAUGACCUCAUCCUGUGUAUUUUACAUUCCCUUGUUAGCUCAGGCAGGUGGUUCCUUUUUAAAAGUUACACUUUUUUUUACCACAUUGUUUUCUUUCGUGUCAUUGCAUGUUGUAUUUCUGAUGAAAAAGGGACCGGUUUUCGAACUGACUCUCGCCGACUGUUUGGGUGUAGGACAGUCGUGUCCAUAACUCCUCUGCGUGGGAUGACGGUGUGAAACCUCACCAUAGUCUCAUCUUUGUGCUGUCAAGUUAUUUUCAGGUUAUUCUUAAAUCCUUCCGAAUGCUCAUAGUGUGAGAUUUCUGCCUGUAACUGAGACGUCAUGCAUACGUGUGUGUAUGUGUGUGUGUGGUGGGUGUAAUAAUAGAAAGAAGGACAUCUUUUCUGAUGGUUUGCGUUCAGCCUUGUGUUAAGGAGCAGAUUUUUGUUGGUCCUACAUUUCACCACUAGAUGCUGCUGUAGAUCUGAACAUAAUAGAUGGUGUGAAAAAUACAUCCAUAUGUAUUAGUAUGCUUCUCUACAUGUUUGGAUGAAAGAGGGAGACCUUUAAAUAAGAGAUGCUAAGGUUUUGAUAUACGUAAGUUCUGGUUCAUAAAGGUACUUAUUUUUGGAAUAGAUGUAAAAUCAACACACCGUUUUUUGAGGGUUUAAAAAUGCUAAUUGACAAUCACCAGCUAUUAAAUCUGGAGAUGCGGCAAUCAUUUCUUGGUGGAAAUUGAAAGAACUAUUAAAGAACACAGACAAGGUGAAGGAUACAGGAGGAAUGGUGCCAGUCACACAGCUCGUUGAUGGUAUCUGACCAGUGCUGAUGUACCUCUCUGUGAUGCCCCAGUAUAGAGCAGCUGUGCUCUUUGCUCUGUACACACAGCUGAGACCUGAUGACUGCUGAGAUGCACACCUGCCUUGAAUGACACGGAGCCGUGUGUCUGACAUGAGGAUCAGGUACUGGAGGAGCUAAAUGAGGCCAGUGUACUGAGAGUAUCCACAUUCUCCAUAGCCCAGUGCUUACCCACCCUAAUGCACUCCACCUGGCCUGCAUGUGCAGGAAUUAGAGCCGGUCCUACCCCUUGCUGAAUUAUCCAUCUGCGUGCCACACCGUCGGUGGUUUCGGAGGCUGCGCAUGGCUCCCUGGGGGCUGCAGUGUUCCCCUUCCAGGCUGUGUCUCAGCUUUCCUCCUGGUUUCAUUCCAGUCACUUCUCCAGUUUGCUCAGUUGAUUAAAUAAAGUAAGGCACAAGUGAUGGACUUGGCUGAACUGGAUGAGCCUGAAACCUGACCCAGCAUGCGUGUACUGGAGCGCCUUAUCGUCUGCCCUGCUUUACGCUACUGUCUCCCUCCAGUGUUCAUGGUUUAUUGUUCUCCUGUAAAGCACCCUUUUAGUUCUGUACCGCAUGCUGCAUCAGGUGUAGGAACUUGGUGUAACUUUGUGCCAGAUACAGUUAAACGUUUUUGUUUAUUUUGUGUAAUGUUAUGUAACAUGUUUUAACUCCUAAGUCUGUCACAUUCACCUGGAUGGAUUUAUCAUCUGCUCUGUAUCCUUAAGUGUAAUAUUUUGAGGUUUGUUCUAAAAGACUAAAAGGCUUUCCAAAAUAAAAACUAACUGCUAACA